AUGGCACUUGAACGAACAUAUCCCGAUCUUACAAGCGAAAAAGAUUCACUACUUUUAUUAUUACGUGAUGCUAUUGUACAGCAUGCACCUCAUAAAGAUAUUGAAAUGAUUCUCAAUGCAAAAAAUUUAUGUAUUAAUGGUUCAAUUCGUCGAGGACUUCGUCCUCUACAUUAUGCCGUAUUUGAAAACGACAUUGAAUCAGUUAGAUUAAUCAUUGAACAUGGUUCAGAUGUUAAUGUAUUAGAUGAAGCAGGAUAUUCUCCUUUACAUUUAGCAGCAAAAUAUGGUUUUAUCGAUAUUAUUCAUAUGCUAGUUGAGAAUGCUUGCAUCGUUAAUUUUCACAAACAAGAUGAUUUAACCGUUAAUCUUGUCAAACAUUAUAGUGACGUUUUGAUUGAACCACUCAGUUUAGCACUAGAAAACAGUCACAUUGAUUGUGCACGUUAUUUAUUAUGUUCUGGAGCAGAUCCUAAUCAACAAUAUUUUCUUGGUUAUGAAAUUAAUUUACUUUCAUAUGAAAAUCUCGCAUCAUUAGAACUGAUACUAAAACACGGGGCAAAUCCAGAUGCGUUGAGUCGAAGUGGAAUUACACCCCUAAUCAAAGCAUGCAAAGAAGGAAAUUGUUCAGCAGUGGAGUUGUUGUUAAAAUAUAGUUGCAAUGUAAAUUAUGUAACACGUAAAUUUCGACAACGAAAUGCCAUAGUCAUCGCCAUUGAAUCAAGACGUAUCGAUAUUCUAGAAAAGCUAUUGUUACAUGCCGGUUUUGUAAAUAAACAUCCAUCUCUAAAUAACUCACCUUUAGAGUUAGCGAUCAGAAAAGAUGAUGUGGACAUUGUGCGUUUGUUAGUAGGUAUGUAUAAUACACAAACUGUUUUUUUUGAGACGAAUGAUGAUAUCGAAUGCAUUACACCAUUAAUAUUGGCUUGUCAAUGUUCAAAUCUUAAACACCAAUAUGAAAUUAUUAAAUGUUUGCUACAAAAUGAUGCUGAUCCCAACAGAUCAGUGGCUAAUAGUCCCCAUCAUCAUCAUCAACAUGUACCAUAUCGAACACCAUUGGUCUCGUAUAUUAAACAUGCGCAACGGUCAGAUAUAAGAAUAAUACGAUUAUUAAUAUCAUACGGUGCAAAAAUAUCAUUCUCACGCGGCAGAGAUAGUGUUCUACGCUUUUUACGUCGAUUUCAAGAUAAUUAUCAUUUAAUUAACUUACUGUGUGAUGCUGCCUAUUAUUUUCAUCCAAGUUAUAUUGCUGAAUGUUUAGAAUUAGAUGAUAAAACAAAAAAUGAAAUAUAUAAUCGUGCAAUAAGUCCAAUGACAUUAAAAAAUACUCUCCGUAAAGUGAUACGUUUUGAGAUUAUAAAUAAAAAACCUACACCACGAAUUGAACAAACAGUUAAAACGUUACCCAUUUCAGUACAUUUGAAAAACUAUCUUUUAUUUGAUGCUGUAUAA